GCGAUGUGCGGGGACAAGGAGCCUGUGCACAGCCAUAAACGGCGAUGACAACCAUGGCUGCGCUGCGCAGGCUGCUGUGGGCAGUGAGCGGUUCCCCGCACCUUCGCUUCGUUUCCACGAGGCCCGGCGAUCGCUUCGCGGCCAGCAGCCGGAGGCGCGUCGUGGCCGGGAUAUGCCUGGCUGCCGGGGGCGCCUUGGCGUAUUACUGCUGCGAGCAGAUGCAUGAACAGCGGCGUCGAUCGAGGCUGAUGUAUGGCAUGGCCGGCCGAGCCCUGCUGCCUUCUCUCCCCGCGGUGGUCGCCAAAGAGAAGGCCGGAACGAUCGAGCUGGACGACACAGACGUGUACAUGUCCUCCCACGAGCAGCGGUUCCGCUUGUUCAGCUCCGUGGAGUACGAGGGACAGCUGUACAUGACCCCGCAGAACUUCAUCGAGUCCGUCACCAUGAGCGAGCCCAAGAGCAGGAAGCCAUGGAGGUCCCUCACCAAGCAGGAGCUGGAGAAGAUCCUGUCUGAGACGCCUCCCGUCUGGAAGGGGACAUCGAAACUUUUCCGGAACCUCCGUGAACGGGGUAUCAUCGCCUACACAGAGUACCUCUUCCUGCUCUGCAUUCUGACCAAGCCGCAUGCGGGCUUCAAAAUCGCGUUCAACAUGUUCGACGCAGAUGGCAAUCAGAUGGUGGACAAACGGGAGUUUCUGGUGCUGCAGGAAAUAUUCCGGAAGAAGAACGAGAAGGGAAGGAAGGGGGACGCGGAGAAGUCAGCCCAGCUGACUUUGCAACUGUAUGGAUAUCAGGUUGCACCUGUGAACAGCGUUCUUCAGAAAGACCCCCAGGAGUUUGUCCCCCGGAGCUACUGGGAUGUUCUGAGGCACUGCACCAGUCAGGCCUUGUUUUCAGACCUCGCAGAGCGUGCUGACGAAGGCAUGAUGGUAGAUACCACACUGCUGGUGCACUUCUUUGGGAAGAAGGGGAAGGCGGAGCUGACAUUCGAUGACUUUUACAGGUUCAUGGACAAUCUGCAGACCGAGGUGCUGGAGAUCGAGUUCCUCACCUACUCUAAAGGGAUGACCACCAUCAGUGAGGAAGACUUUGCUCGCAUUCUGCUGCGCUACACCACCGUGGACAACAUCAGCAGCUACCUGGAGAACGUCCGACAAAGCAUCCCUGAUGAGAAGGGAAUCACUUUCGAGGAGUUCAGGUCCUUCUUCCAGUUCCUCAACAACCUGGAGGACUUCGCCAUUGCCAUGCAAAUGUACAACUUUGCAAGUCGCUCCAUCGGACAAGAUGAGUUCGGCCGCGCCGUCUACGUGGCGACCGGCUUGAAGCUGUCACGUCACCUGGUGAACACCAUCUUCAAGAUCUUCGACGUGGACCACGAUGACCAGCUCAGCUACAAGGAGUUCAUCGGCAUCAUGAAAGAUCGGCUCCACCGGGGGACUCGGGAGUACAAAACUGUAGAGAAGUUCACUUCGUUCAGAGCCUGUUUGAAGAAGGAGCUGUCCAACAGAUAAGUGAGCGGGAUGUCCUUCUUCACUUGUGUCCACGUCCAGACUGGAAAACAUCUCAGGCAGCUGUGGAGAAGGUUCAAGGAGAAGGCGUGAGGGGGAAGGAGGAGGGGUGAGGUGGGAUGGCGCCAUCUGCUGGUGUGGACACAGAGCACCAGCUUCCUAACCUCUGCCACCCCAUACACAGCUCUGCCAAUGCUCAACAUUAUCCUGAAACAGCAUAUCCUGGGGGAGCUGAGAAUGAAGGCAUUUCUGGAUGUUACCACCUAUUUAAGGAAUCCGACUCUCUGUGCACCGCAGUGAUUAUAAUCCACCAAAGAUUCAGUCCCUCAUAAAUAUUCAUAAGCACCGUCCAACUUGGGAAAUCUCACUGCUACACAAGAGAGCACUAAGCGUAACCUGCCAGCCACAUCUCACACUCGCCAUUUUACAGCUUUCCCCUUUCCUGACACGUCCUUAUACCGAUAAAUAUGGAAACCUUAGCUUUUUCGUGAAACAAACAUAAAAAUAUUAAUCUGCAAUGAACAGGUGGGUGCAGAUACAGUGGGAUACCACAGCAGAAUUAUGGUAGUUCCAGUCACCCUUAUAAAAGAAUUUUGAAUUUGGUUCAGUUAUUUAUCUAUCAUGUAGUUGAAGGGAUGUCAAUUUAUUAUGUGGCAUCUAUACUGCCUCUAGUGGAGGGGUGUGGAAGCGUUAUUUGUCAGUAUGAUAACAGCAAUAUGGUUUAAUUUAUGUUUAAUUUAUUCAGUCUCUUUAAAUAACACGACUUUGGAUUUCGUCUUAGGGAUCACAGGGAAUAGUGACUGAAAUCUGAAAUAGGUGCAGAAUCUUGGUAAAUUUAUUUGAAACUUUUCAUGUCACUGAACAUUUGCCUUAAAACUGCUGCCUGCAUGUCUUAUGAUCAUAGUGUGUUAUAACAGAAUAUCCUCAAUCUAUAUUUAUUCUUGCAUUUUAUUUUGCUUGACUUGUUGCUUGCAGUGCCUUUUUAAGGUGCAGAAUGAUCCAGAAAUGUUGGAUGUAAUUGUUGAAGUAUUUACAAAAGCAAUAAGCUCAAUCUUAAGGACAGGUAGGGGAAGACCCAAACAGUCCCCCAGGUCCCCCCUGUCUGCAGCAGCACUAUGAAGUGUGUGUGUGUGUGUGUGGGGGGCUGCUUUGGAAUGAACUGCCUGGCCAAUCAAACGCUUGCCCUGAGUUUAAUGUUAGAGAAUAUUCCCAAUUCUAAGUACAGUAUAUAUUUUAUUAAAACAAGACAGGCAAAAUCAACACUAGAUGACCCCAGUCACCUCUAACAAUGUUAAUGACAAUGAUAACAUAAUUAUUAUAUUUUAUGCUAUAUUAUGUUUCUGUAUUCUGUUACAGUGUCGCUUGCUGUGUACUCUUCACUGCCUAAACGCAUGACCCAGCCGUAUCUGAAGUACUGUACCUUACUUUCUGUAAUACAAAUUUCAAUCGUAUUUAUCUGUAUGAGCAAGCUGGUGGGCAAUACUUUUCUUGUGGCAAAACAUUAUAAUUUAUAAUCUCUUCAAAUAACACAGAAACGUUUUUUUUCUUGCUUUGCUUUCAUUCUAUCAGUGGAUUUGGCGUCUUUACCCAAUGUCUGGUGGACCUCCCAUUUAAAACUGCAUGAAAAUGUCCUAGGAAGGAGAUCGGCUAUAAGGAGAAUGCCGCUGGGGGUGUGGGGUCUUAAAUGACCCACUGGGCUGACGCCACCUGGUUCACCAGAUAACUUGUAUUUACACAUGUGCGUCUGCUUGCAUGUCCAAAAAGUUGGGUUCCAGCCUGGUACGUGCAUGAUGUUUAGUUUCCCCUGAAUACUGACCUGACGGGCAGCAUGCCACCCUUAAUCCCAACAAGAGUGCGUCUUUACACAACACAACAACUAGGGGUAUAGAGCCGGAGAUUAAACGCUUCUCCCCACAUCCGUGUGAGCGCAUGAAUAAAUCAACGUGAAACCAA